AUGAGUCAAGAGGCCGAAGAGCAAAUUGUUGUGGCGUUCAAAAAGCCAGGAGCGGGAAGAAAACAAAAGGCCAGACUACGCAAGAAGAUCGUCGAAGAUGAACCAGAGACUGAGGCAGACCAGGAAGCCGAGACAGAGGAAGGCGAAGAUGACGCGCCCCUGGGCUUGAUGUUGCGCGAGACCCGCAAGUUGCAGAGGGAGAGGGAGCGAGUCAAGGGCUGCGAAGCCGCUGCCACGAGUACCGAGGUGCUGCAGAAGAUCGCGACCUCCAGUUUUGUUCGUCCCGUGGCCAACGACGAUGACGACAAGGAGACACACCUGCUGGAGUCCACCUUCACUGUACAGGCCGAGCAAGAUGUGGUCAACCCGCUUCUGGAGAACUACAUUGAGGCGCGGCUGCGGGAGUUCCGCGAGACAAGGGCGAAGGAAGCGAUCGAGAAGGCCAAGGCCGAGCGAGGCGUCGAUUGGCGAGACAAGGAGGAGACCACCGAGAAGGAGUUUGAUCUCAGAGAGGAGGAGAGAAAGCUCUACGAGAUCCCGGAGCAUCUCAAGGUGUCGGAGACCAUGCGAAGCGAUGAUCAAGUGAGCGAGGCCUGGCUCACUGGCAUCCAGGAAGUCGAGCUGCCGAUCGAGUACAAGCUCAAGAACAUCGAAGCGACUGAGGACGCCAAGCGAUUGCUGCUCAAGCGUAAGGAGGGACCCAAGCCGCCACCUCAGCCCGACGCCUACAACACCAGAUUUGGCCGGCCAUCGACGCAGACGCAGAUCGUGAGGAGGGACCGAAACGCCCACAGGGACAGCAACCGGGACCGAAACAACGACGGCCAGCAGCAGGGCGGCUGGCGAGGCGACCACCACAGGGGAAAGAAGUCAGAGCAGGCCACUGACGACAUCGCCUUUGAGCGCUUCAAGAAGAGGUUCCGUCGUUGA